GUCCCACUUGACAGGCACACAAGACCAACCCGCAAGGAUCAAGUUCCAUCAUGGUGCAAAGAGUAGCAGUGAUCGGGGCCGGCCCCAGUGGCCUGACCGCCAUGAAGGCUUGUCUGGAUGAGGGCAUGGUGCCAACCUGCUUCGAAAGCAGUGAUGACAUGGGCGGACUGUGGAAGUUCAAGGAAGUGUCUGAGCCAAACAGAGCCAGUAUCUAUCGUUCCCUCACGAUCAACAUUUCCAAGGAGAUGAUGUGCUACAGUGACUUCCCCAUCCCUGCUGAUUACCCCAACUACAUGCACCACUCUAAAAUCCUGAAAUACUUCAGGAUGUAUGCAGAACACUUUAAACUGCUGGAACACAUUCGCUUCCAGACCUCAGUGAAGAGCGUCAGACAGAGAUCAGACUUUGCUCGCACUGGUCAGUGGGAAGUGGUGACUGAGACCAGAGAUGGACAGGAGGAGCGGCAUGUCUUUGAUGCAGUUAUCUGCUGCGCCGGUCACUACACCUAUCCUAACCUGCCACUCAAAGACUUCCCUGGAAUUGAGACGUUUGAGGGAAAAUACUUCCACAGCUGGGACUACAAGGGGCCUGAAGACAUGUACGGGAAGAGAGUGGUGGUCAUUGGCAUCGGUAACUCAGGUGGUGACAUCGCUGUGGAGGCCAGCCGAGUGGCAGAUCAGGUGUAUGUGAGCACUCGUCGCGGUGCUUGGGUUAUCCGUCAGGUUUCUGACAACGGCCUGCCAGUGGACAUGAAGUACAACACACGCUUUGUCCACAUCUUGUUCCAGCUGCUGCCGAUCAACUUCCUCAACUGGUUUGGUGAGAAGAAACUCAAUGCCAUGUAUGACCACACCAUGUACGCCCUCAAACCCACACACAGGCUCUUCAGUCAGAUCCCAGUGAUCAACGACGACCUGCCUUUAAAGAUUCUGUGUGGGUCAGUCAUUGUCAAACCAAAUGUGAAGGAGAUCCGCGGCUCCACCGUGGUCUUUGAUGAUGGCAGUGUUGUGGAAAAGGUGGAUACAAUUGUAUUUGCCACAGGAUACAACUACGAUUUCCCCUUCCUGCCAAGCAGUGCUCUGUACAAGUCUGGGCACCGUGUGGGUAUGUAUAAGCACGUAUUCCCCCCCAACUUGGAGCAUCCAACUCUGGCUGUUGUGGGUUUCAUCCAUGCUCUUGGAGCCAUCAUGCCUCAGGCUGAAAUGCAGGCCCGCUGGGUCGCACGUGUUUUCAAAGGACAUAAAAAGCUGCCCUCAAACAAGGCCAUGAUCAAGGCUGUUGAAAAGGACACCAAGGACAUUGACAAAAACUACAUCGUGUCAAAGCUGACACCCCUGCAGGUGGACUUUGUUUCCUACAUGGAUGACAUAGCUGGGGAGGUUGGAGUGCGCCCAAGUCUCCCCUGGCUCUUCUUCACAGACUACGCACUGUUUAAGAGGGUUUUGUGGGGACCUGUCACGGCCUACCAGUACCGCUUGAUGGGACCAGGGAAAUGGGAAGGAGCUCGCAGGGCAAUCUUCACCCAGUUUGACCGCAUGUACCAGCCCCUAAAAACCAGACAGCUGGUGGAGCAAGAGCCCUCAAAUACUGGCCGCCUGAUUAAGCUGAGCCUGACCCUCAUGGCCGGAGGAGCUGCUGCCUACUACGUCCAUGUGCACAACCCAACCACCAUCUCCACCCUGCUGUCCAAGCUCCAUCCACAAACAGUCUGAACAUGCUACAUGUGAACAAAAACCUCUGAAACAUACGCACACACACACACACACACACACACACACAUACACACACACACACACACACACACACACCAAAUACCAUAUCUAUUGUUUCUAGAUCCCCUGAGAAAAUAUAGUUCAGUAUGCUGCUGUUUGGGUUGUGAUUAUGGCUAAUGACUGUCUGAGCUGCUGAUUUAUGCAAGAGUUAUUAUUGUUUGCUUUGGUUAAUUUAUUUAAAUGUUUAAACUUCAGUAUCUCAGUUAUAGCUAAAUACUGAAAAAAAUAAACAAUCACCCGAUGUAUGAGAAAAAUGCAAAACAGGGUUUUCAGUGUCACAGUCACACACUUUUGUUCGCCCACAAACGUUCCUGACCUCCACAUUCUUACAGUACGUUCCCCCUGCACUAGGGGUAGUAGCUAAAUGUGUCUCUUAUUAUUUUGUCAUUUCUAUGUUCUGUGUCUGUUGAGAUUUACUGGAUAGUUAACAACUAAGCUAACCAGGCGUAUUCAUGUCCUAUUUAACUUUAAGUCACCAUGAAUAUAGAAUAUUUUUCCGGUGUGAAUAAACCAUUAUCU